GUUCUAGACUAACUAACGUCUCAAAGGCAAUGACGUACUUCGUGACGUAAAUCGUCUGCGCCGCGGAGCAGGUUCGUGAUGGCGGUGGCUCAGCUGAAGGCAGAGAAAGAGAGCGAUGACUGCUCUCUACUGCCGUUAGUUCAUGAUAUUAUCAAAUGCAUGGACAAGGACAGCCAAGAUAUCCACCAGGAACUAGCGAAGCUGAAGGCAAAGAUCCAGGAGGCUCGGGAGCAGAUCUCCAACAUGCCCGGGAUAGACUGCAGUCCCCUGGAUCAGCAACAGCAGCUGGCUACGCUGCGUGAGCAGGUCCGCACCAAGAACCAGCUGCUGCAGAAAUACAAAAGCCUGUGCAUGUUCGACGUACCGAAGGCAUCGUGACUCUGAAGAAGGACUUUUUGUUUUGCUACGCCCUCACUUAUGUGGCAGACAGACAUUGGAGUCAGAAAGUAAAUGGACGUUGAAAUAAACCAUGGACCGAUGGGGGUUAUGGUUUCGGCCACGCGUGGGUGUCUGAUUGACUGUCCACAAGUAACGACAUUUCUGGGGAUGUAGGUAAUGGGCCAAGGAAGACAUUUUUGUAUUCAUUUGGGAAACUGAGCUGUAAUGGAGAUGUUGUGCUCUCUAUGUGCUUUCUGUAGUUCCUAUUUUGUUAUGAUUUUCUGUAACUAAGAUGACACUUGGAUAUGUUGUGUUGUAGUAUAGGUUUUUCAUUGUGUACAGGUAUCUUUUAUGACACUUAUUUAGUAAUAAAAUUGGCUCACUUUUAAA